GCCGCCUGGCCCCUCUGCGGGGUGGCCAAUCGGGCAGCGGCGGGGGCGGAGCUGGUUUGGGCUGUGCCAGUAGCUGCCUCGGGACGGGAGCGAAGCGGAGCCAUGACGCGCGGCAACCAGCGCGAACUGGCGCGGAACAAGAACAUGAAGAAGCAGGCCGACACUGGCAAGGGCAAGCGGCGCGACGACGGGCUCUCCGCCGCCGCCCGCAAGCAGCGAGACUCUGAAAUCAUGCAGCAAAAGCAGAAGGCAGCCAAGGAGAAGGAGGUGCCCCAGCCCCAGCCAAAGUAGGACCCGGCUGGGGAAAGCAAGAGUCCUAGGAGGCCUGCGCAGUGAGCACCCACUUCCCUGCCCUUCACUCACACUCCUGCUCUGCCCCCCCUGUUUGGAACCACCGUGGGCUUAUCAUGGCCGAUAUUGCGCCUCCUGCACCCCUGAGGCUGGCGAAGGGAGGAGCCCAGCCUGGGGCAGCCAUUGCUAGAAUCACUACACAUUAAAGUAGUUUUCCUAUU